AUGUAUGCAGAUGGCGAUAUUGACCCCGCUAUGAUACUCUCGUACGCAACGGACUCGAACGUGGAAGCACUAUCAAUCGGUAUUAAGAAGGAUGGUGCAGCGGAGAUAAUGUUUGCUGGAGCAGGAGCGUUAAUCGCAUCGGGAUUUACCCAUGACAACACUUGGCAGCAUCUAGUGUUUUUGUAUGGAAAUGAAAGGUUCCAAGUUUACAAGAACAAUGUCUUACAAGAGGAAAAAGUAGUUUCAGGUGUCGCUCCCUUAAACCCGGCAGGUAGUAUCUUAGUGAUUGGCCAACAUCAGGGAUCUCUUGGAGGGAACUUUGACCCUUCGAAGCUGUUCUACGGCUACAUGGCGAACCUAAAUAUCUGGGCAAAUGUACUAAGUGAUUGGCAUAGGGGCAAAGCGUACGAGCAAGGGUGUACAGGCUCAGUUGACAGCAACCCAGCCUUGUCAUGGGAGACAAUCACCGGUAAAACGCUAUUGGGCAACAUACAACCACAAUGCGCACUAACAUGCCCUUAA